AUGCUCAUACUAUACAAUGUCGAGCUUCAUAGCGAGGAACCUAUCAAGUGGCGAAUGCAUCUGCAGGCAGCUCGAGUGAUGCUUCAAUGGAGAGAGCAGACUUCUUCUCGCGCGACUUCACUUGACCAAAUCGACAAAUUCCUUCUUUAUGAACACUACUACGCCAGCGUUUUUGCUGGUCUCACAACAUUUGAUGCAGCGGAUGAGCUCACAGGUGAUCGAUUCGAGAACUCCGACGAUAUCACCAUCUUCAGUGACUUUGUACGCGUCAUUCAUCGAGUAACACGAAUCGAGCGAGUUACACAUGACAAAGGUGCCGAUGUGACACCAAUCCAGGUCAAGGACAUCAUUUUCGAGGUGGAAGCUGCAAAGCAGAGAAUGGUACAUUUAAGCCAAAAUAUACACCUACAGGGCUGCCAUGUCCGACAAGACUUCCAGCAUUUGAUUUGCAUCUUUUAUCAUGCCAGUCUAAUAUACACAUAUCGGUUAUUAACAAAUGACUCUAUUUCCGAUAUCAAUGCUCAAGCCUCUCGAGACUCGAUUUUGAAUCACUUAUACUCCCUCUCGAACAAGGAGACAUUUGCCCAUGAUCUUGUCUGGCCACUGUUCAUCCUAGGCACAGAAUGUAGGGGACUGCCAGAACUGCAAGAGGUUGUCUCUCAUGAAAUGGAGAUUGUCAUGAGGAUCAGUGGAGUCCUCGAUCGACGCAAGGUUUUAUUCUUCCUUCGGCAAUACUGGUCACUCGGUCUAGAUCAAAGCCCCAACUGGAUGUAUCUUAUGAGGGAGAUGAUGCCCGGUAAUAAUAUGUUGAUUCUUUAA